GUUUCCACGCUGUGUUUGAUUAUGUCCUCUUCAAUCAAUCUAACGCUAAAUCCUGUGCCCGGUUUCUGUGUAAAAUCAAACGCGCUUCAACCAGCCGUUGUCCACAGAAUCGCCACUAGUUUGCCUCUUAAUGCGCCCUCCGACGCUCCAGGAGCCCUCUCAAACGCACCAAUCACUAUCCCAAAAGGACUUAAGGUUUUCGUCAACAUAACAUGGGACACGAACGUGCCUCCACCUCCCACUGGUAGCGAAGACAUAAUUCAGAAAAUAAUCCACGGUCAAGACUAUGACGAAUCAAAUCCAGAUGCAUCCUUCGUCCCAGCCGUAGUCUCAGAUCUUCGUCAUGACAAAGACAAAGCCGGAAAACCGGCCCUCGUCGUUGACUGUGUCUUCAACGCAUCCAUCAAGUCUCGCGCCCUGAACGAAGCAGACUUCAAAGCGUUCAUCAUAGAACUUGCGCUGCAGCGUGUUGAAUCGCACACUUCACUUUUACUUUCCCGGCAGAUUGGCAUGCCCAACAUCGCUUCGAAAGGCAAACCUGUGUCGCGCCAAGUGCUUGUGCCUAGACUACUCUUCCCGCCCGGUCACCCUCACCACAAAUUUGUCACUGAGACUACUCUCAUUCAGGAACUAGCUUCGCCGACCGCUACCGCAUCGGCCUCAAAAGUUGAGGAUAUACUUAAAAGUGCAUCGAACGCCCACACGCCCACAUGGACAUGGACGAUGCACCAGCGUAAAAUCCGCUUCAUGAUCGAUGUGCCUAAUCUGACUCACGCCCAUAUUUCCAACUCAACGCUCGACGUAGAACCAAGAAGAGUAAUGCUGCAUAUUCCUUCAUUAUACGACCUACAUAUCAACCUCGAUGUGGCACCAGACACCGAACUUAUGGCCACGUAUGGUCGUCUUGGCGAAGGAGCCACAGAACUCCAAAGGUUGAGAGAUCUCGAUGUGGACGGUGCCAAGGCGGAGUGGAGGGUUGCCGAAAAGGUUAUAGUUCUUCUGGCUUAA